CGAUGUUCUCAGUUCUCAGCAGGCUUGCUAGCGUGUUCUACUACAUAGGUGGCUACUAGAGCUCUCGGCGGAUACUACUCAUGAACCUCUUCAGUAUCAUAGAAGAUCAGUGCACGGCACCUGAACUAAAGUUUGGUCGGUGCAGGUCGAAUGCAUUGCCUUUCAUAGCGCAGACACUCGAGAUCAGGAUAUACGAGACCUGCAGCAUGAUAAGGCAUGUCACCAAGUACAUCGAGAAUUACUUUUACUAUUUUGAGAGAGUCCUGGGAGCGCCAUGACACGCUGUUCGGGGCAUGCCUUGCCUGCAUCUAUGAUCGCGCGAAUGCCCCGCCCCAGCCUCCCCCGAGUGCAACCGAGCAUAAGCGAACAGGAACAGAUGCCAAGAGCAUAUCCGGUCUGUACGAGAUGAGCAUUUUGCAUGUAGCUGUGUGGACUAGGGUGUCGUACUGGAUGUUAGCGGCACGCGAAAUUGUCACCCUCGUCGCUUUACACCUCGCACACUCAAAAUUCGACCCGAACGGAAUACCGAUGCAGGAUAUUGGCGUGAUCACACCCACCUUCGUCGUCGGAACCUGCCUCGUCCUCAUAGGAGCCUCCAUUCGCUUCGUUUGCUUCCACAAGCUGGGCGUCCACUACGCAUUCAAACUCUCUCUACGCUCGGACCACAAACUCGUCCGCACAUGGCCCUACUCCAUAGUACGCCACCCCGCAUACGCUGGUGGCCAGAUGCUCCUCCUCGGUGGACUGUUGACGUUGAUGGGGAGUGGGUCAUGGUGGUACAGCGGAGCGGGAUAUACGACGAAGAUGGGAACGGUGCUAGGCGGGAGUUAUGCUAUGUCGGUGAUGGUUCUGGGAUAUGCGUCGGUGCGAGGGGCGAAGGAGGACGUGUAUUUGAAGAGCGAGUUCGGGGAGGAAUGGGACCGGUGGGCGAGAGACGUUCCGUAUAGGUAUAUUCCUUUUGUCGUUUAA